GCUUGAAACGCGUCGGUUGUAAGGAGAAAUCUGCUUAAGCUCUCUUCUUUGUGUUUCGUCAAGGGGCGAUAGCGUGGCGCAGUUAUGUGAAGCCCUGCUUCCUGUUGCCCUUUCAGUCUUUGUCAGUCAGGAAGAAGGAGAAAAACAAAAACAGCCGACGGUUGUUAGCCAAUGUAAUGAGAUGCUUGGAGUCGCGGCGGACAAGGUGUUCUUUGCGGCUGUAGUUUUGAGCAGACAGUUUUCGACCGAAGCGCGUCCAGAACCGGAGACCUAAACAACUCGACCAGAGAGUGGGGGAAGAGUCCCCGAGAGGAGCUGACUUAUCUGUCAAAGUCCAUCAAAUCAGGCCGUCACACAGACACUAGCUAAACAGCACGAGCAUAAAAAAAGUCUCGCUGUGUUGUGUCGGACUAUGGCGCGAGCUUUGCAGUGAGUUUUAAUCAACAGGGGUCUUUGACAGGUCUUAAAAGUCGCUUCGAGUCCUGCUUCCAUUUAACGUAAAAAAAGAAAAAGUAGAAGAAGGAGCAGCAGCUGCCUCUGCUCCUCCUUUCCUGCAGUACUCAGCUGAGGAAGAAACCGUGUCUGCAAGGGAAGCACAAACACAGCACUGACACUGACACAUUUAAAAGAUGAUGACUUCAUGGAGUGACAGAUUGCAAAACUAUGCAGACCUGCCAGCCAAUAUGGACGGCGUUGCCAUGAAAAAGUACAGGAGGGAGCCCUACCACAGAAUCUUCGUCAAUAGAAGCUUGGCAAUGGAGAAAAUCAAGUGCUUUGGUUUUGAUAUGGAUUACACUUUAGCAGUCUACAAGUCACCUGAGUACGAGUCAUUGGGCUUUGAGCUGACGGUAGAAAGGCUGGUGUCCAUUGGUUAUCCCCAGGAGCUGCUCAGCUUCGUCUACGAUCCUUCAUUUCCCACCAGAGGCCUUGUGUUUGAUACCAUGUAUGGAAACCUACUGAAGGUUGAUGCUUAUGGCAACAUCCUGGUUUGUGUCCACGGGUUUAACUUCCUCCGAGGUCCUGAUAUCCGUGAACGAUACCCCAACAAGUUUAUCCAGAGGGACGACACAGAGCGCUUUUAUAUCCUUAACACACUCUUCAACCUGCCAGAAACCUACCUUUUUGCUUGUCUUGUGGAUUUCUUCUCCAACUGUGACCGAUACGCAAGCUGUGAAACGGGCUUCAAGGAUGGCGACCUCUUCAUGUCCUACAAGAGCAUGUUCCAGGACGUUCGGGACGCGGUGGACUGGGUUCACUUCAAGGGAACGCUGAAGGAGAAAACCGUGGAAAACCUGGAGAAAUACGUAGUGAGAGAUGGGAAGCUCCCACUUCUCCUGAGCCGGAUGAACGAAGUGGCCAAGGUUUUCCUGGCUACCAACAGCGACUACAAAUACACAGACAAAAUUAUGACUUACCUGUUUGACUUUCCCCACGGCCCAAAGCCCGGUACCGCUCACAAGCCCUGGCAGUCCUACUUUGACCUGAUCCUGGUGGACGCCAGGAAGCCCGUCUUCUUCGGGGAGGGAACCGUUCUCAGACAGGUCGACACGACCACAGGACGUCUAAAGAUCGGAACCUACACAGGACCUCUGCAGCACGGCAUAGUGUACUCAGGAGGUUCCUCCGACAUUAUGUGUGACCUUCUGGGGGCCAAAGGGAAGGACAUUUUGUACAUCGGGGACCAUAUCUUCGGAGACAUCCUCAAGUCUAAGAAGCGUCAGGGCUGGAGAACGUUCCUGGUGAUUCCUGAGCUGGCCCAGGAGCUGCACGUUUGGACCGACAAGAGCUCGCUAUUUGAGGAACUUCAAAGCCUGGACGUUUUCUUGGCAGAGCUUUACAAACAUCUGGACAGCAGCAGCAACGAGAGGCCCGACAUCAGCACUAUUCAGAGAAGAGUCAAGAAAGUCACGCACGACAUGGACAUGUGCUACGGCAUGAUGGGGAGCCUCUUCCGCAGCGGCUCCAGACAGACUCUGUUCGCCUCCCAGGUGAUGCGUUACGCCGACCUGUACGCCGCCUCCUUCAUCAACCUGCUGUACUACCCCUUCAGCUACCUGUUCAGAGCCGCGCACGUGCUGAUGCCCCACGAGUCGACGGUCGAGCACGCCCACGUGGACAUCGACGUGGAGUCGCCGCUGGCCACGCGCAACCGCACCCAGUGCAACGACUGCAAGGACCUGGAGUGCAAACGCAACCACCUGACCCGCUCCUUCAGCGAGAUCAAGCCUCCCAACCUGUUCCCCCAGACGCCCCAGGAGAUCACUCACUGCCACGACGAGGAUGACGACGAGGAGGAGGAGGAGGAGUAAUAAAACACCCUGCAGAGUUGAGCCGUGUUCCUGUUCCCCGUCGCCUUACGUUUCCUUACAGAGUCGAAUGGUGAUCUCCAGACGGGAAAGAGAAACGCCUCCUGUGUGCGUUUGUGUGUACUUGCAUUCACUGUCGAUGUAAAUCGAUGCACACGGACACAGAAACACUCACACACACGCGCGCACACACACACACACUCGGGAGAUUUCUAAAACUAUAUAUAUAUUGAAAGAACCAUUGGGAGGAUCACACACGUCUGUCAGAAGAUUAACACGCAUGCUCGACUCUCAAAACGGGGGGGGAAAGCCACCCUGAGCAAUCAUCUCCUGAAACGCUAGUUUUUAACGUAUUUUUAUAACCAAAUAAUGUUUAUGCUGUAAUCCUGCAAAUACGAUUUUUAUACCAUACCUCUAACUACGAGACAAGCUAACUGGGAAUGCGCGGGAAAAUCGUCUUGAGUGUUGAAAACAGACAUUUUCCUGCUGUUUGGGAACAACGUUCAGCUUUUUAAUCCGUUUAGCUUGUUUUCUAGCCCAUGCAUGACGGGAUGCAUCUUCCCCAUUGGCCAGUAGGGAUCGGUUUUCCUAAACCUCAGGAUCUCAGUGUGCAUCCGGUUCAGUGGCGAGUUGAGGACUUAGUACUGCAGCCUCUGUAGGAGCCCUGACAUACUGUAGCGGUUAUGUAACUCGCCACAUAACAAACGACUUGUUAUAGCUGCGUCACAGCAAGCAGGCUGACCUGCACCGUUUCAUUUUAGUUUGGUGUUUUUGGACGAUGAAGUUUGAGCAUCGUAUCACACUAUCGGGGAUGUUGAUGAGAAAAGUGGGACGGACUCGCUGGGAGUGAAGGGAUUUUUUUUAAUUUUGUUUUAAGCUGCCUAGUUGUGAAGUUCUUCAGUGUAUGAAGGUGCUUUUAAGGAUGUUUUUAUUGUCACAUAUGCGGAGUCCUCAGCAUUAGUUAUUGAAGUAAACAUGCAGGCGGUGUGUGUUCAGUAUUCCUCAGUCUGCCCAGUAACACUGUGGACAUAGUUCAAGCUGCUGUAGUUGAUUUUAAUUAUUAACAAAAAGAGACCAGACUCUUAAGAAGUAUUAUCCCUUACUAGCAUUGCUAUUUUAACGUGUGUAAUCUUUCGUUGGGAAAAAUAUACUUAAAAAAAAACAACUAUGUUUCCGUUAUGAUUCAAAUGCAGUUUUACACAAAGAUUUUUGGUUUUGUUCCCUUAAGAGCGACAUAGUUGGCUGUGUGACUCUGCAGCGUCAGCAGCUUGAAGCCCAGAAGCUCGUCCAGCUUCAAGCACCAGAUCACUGCAGCCGCCCAACUGAACAUCAAACUAAAUGUUCAGUUUCCCUGGUUUCACAGAUUUCAUUCAAAUCAACAUAUUUGGCUUCGUCUGACCACCUUAUUCCUCCGUCCUGCGACGCGUUUUUAAAUUCUGAUUCUUCGGCCGCUUUAAUCUUGAUUUCUCAUUGGCUGGCAAAUAAGUCUCUGAUCGCAGGAGUGUCUCGUCUUCAUAAUGUGAUUAUCGGCCGUCGCCACCGUUUCCCCCCCAGAAUAAGGUGGAGAAAUUUCUCCCAACUGCAAAUAAAGAAAAAUGGUCAUUUCCAACAUUUACUUGCGGAGAAUGAGGUUGAUUUGGACCUUGAAUUCUUCCGAUUAAACGAGUUCGUCUUGAAAUAACACAAUGCUGCCGAUUAGAGCCGAGGAGUCACUGCUUGGUGGAAAAUACCAGAUUGUUUUUGUUAUUUUACUGUAAUAAGUUAUUUUACCCCCAGUGGGAAAUGUGUUGAUUUAAGCAAUAAGAUGCCGUUUAAUGUCCAAACAUGGUGAUAAUAUGAAGUUUCUGUAUUUUGAUCGUUUCAAAACACCUGUGAUCCACUGAUCUGAACUGAAACUAUGACUAAAAAACUAUAGAUGAGUUUUUUUUUUUUGUGGGAUGCUGGGUAACCGUAUCACAGCUUCUGGAGAUUUUUUUUUAUUACAUGACAUUGCUGACUAGAUGCUAAAUCUCCACUGACAUUUUUCUCCAGGGAUUUUGCUCAUUUUUACUCCACAGACAAAGAAAAAUGAAAAAAUCUUCAGCGGUGAUCAGAUUUGAUUCGUUUUGCUCGCAGAGGGAAUGUGUUGCUGGGAAAAAUAAGCUUUCAGGGUUUUAAACCUGAGGUUUCACUGGGUUAAAAACGGUGUCGGCGUUCAUGUGUGUGUUGAAACGGACUGCCUGAACUUCAUUUUUCCUUUCCUGAUGGGCUACGUUUUCCGGUUUUAUUGAAAUUGUACAGUCUGAUCAUUUUGUCCAGGAAAGGAAAGGUACAUGCCGUUUGUCUUUUUUUUUCAUAUUUGGUUUGGUUUGUGUUGGAGGGAUGUGAAUGUUUUCGGGGGGGUUUUUUAGCCUAAAGUGUCACUACUUUAUUUGAGUUUGAUAGGAAAGAUUACAGCUGUUUGUCUUCUUUUUUUUUUUUUUCUUACAAAGAAAUCUUUUGUGUUUUCAUGUUUUCAUCUUUGCAGAAGUGCGCAUGUUGCAGAAGGCAGCUGUAAAGCUAAUGAAGAAAGUUGCAUAAGCCGCAUAUUUAUACAUGCAGUCGGUGUCCAUUCUGACUCGACGGUUAUUUCCUCUCUGGAAAGGAAACGUUGAAGGUUUUCCCUGUGUGUCAGCGUAGUUUACACUCAUGAAACGCAGCAAACCUGUACAGAAAAUCUUAAGUCAGAGGAAGUGGGGUUAGCAUGAAAAGUACAAUUACUAUAUUAGCUGAGGUUUUUAUUUUUCUAAAUAAGUAUUUUUAAAUGGUCUUGGUUUACAGAACUGUAGAUAGACCUUUUUUAUUUUAUUCAAAAUAACGUUUGAUUUUCUUUUUUUUUUUUUAACCCUACCACUUAAGUGUAACAUUCAGACCUUAAUAACAGCCUUGUGAAGAGCAUUACCCUGUAGGUUUUUUUUCCAUCCUUGUUGCUCUGAAACAUUAACAGCCUCCUCACGUUUUCUCAGCUGUCCUUUUUGUUUUUAUGCUCAUCAGAUUAUGAACAGUGUUUGUUUCCUGAAAUGUUCCUUUAGACUGUACAAUGAAAUCAUUACAUGGAAAUCUAGAAUAAAGAUAGUUUUUCAUAA